UGUGUGUGAGUGUGUGUCAGGAGUGUGUGAGGAGUGGAGUUAGAGCUGCAUGUGUGAAAUGAAGUGUUUGUGGGUCUGGGUCUGGGUCUGGGUGGGGUCACUUGGACUUAGUCCAGUUACUGCAGACACACUGUCUCAGUUCAGUCAACAUGUGCAGAGACACCAGGAACCAGAGACAGAGGGACAGAGACAGAGGGACAGACACUUUUCUUCAGCCACUGGCUGUCACUGACGAGGACAAACACGAGGUAAGGGGUCCAACAGCUGCUCUGUUGUGGUAACCGACCGAUGGUUUGUUUCCUGACGCUGAGAUCAUGACGUGAAACCAACGCUUUACAACAUCUGACUGUGUGAGGGGAACCAGGGUUCCACAGGAGAACUCACACUAGGACCAGACUGGGACACGACAACAGUGAGGAGAAAGUAGUGGAGUGUGGACCACCUGACCUCGCCGUACCACUCACCAGCCUGCACUCCAUAGGUUUGUUCCACCACUAAAUCUGAAUUUUUUCCCUUUCACAGUGAAAGACGGUGAAAUGUCCACACAGAUAUUUGGUGAAGGUGAACAGGCCGGUCGAUCAGUCCUGGGGAUGGUGUCGGUGCAGGUGGAGCGAGACCCCAGGACAGGGGCUGCGGUCGUCAGGUCGGUGGCCCCCGUGUCCAGCCCGUCCGGCGCCGACCGAGCAAACGUGGUCUUUGACGACGGCAGAAAGAGCAUCCACGCCCUGGGGGGGUCAGAAGGUCAACCCUCCACCCAAGAGCUGGGCCAGAUCUUGAAUGUCAUCGACGGCGUGGGAUUGACAGCGCUGCUGGAUGAUGUCGCCGUGGUGACGACUGGAGAAGAGACGAAGAGUGAUAACGUAGCCGUGAGCGGGAGGACGGGGGAGACGCUCCCGUCAUCGAGCCAUCAUCGGGUGACGGAAGAUCACGUGACACGAGACGCCGGCUCCAGAGCUCACGGUGAUUCACAGCCUGAGGUCAGCAGAGAGGUGACCUCCGCCGCGGGAGGAGCGGUGGACGACGUGGAGGAUCAGAAAUAUGAAGACGGUCUGGUCACUCUUCUGUUCCUGGGAUACACUGAUGCCACCGCACAAAACAUCCAGGAGGGCGGCGACGAGGGGAUGCUCACGGUGGAGCGGGUGAUGAUCACAGACGACGGAGACGAGUACGUCAUCGGAUCCCGGACCUCGGCUCCAUCAACGCCAACACCGGACAAGGAGACGGACGGACAGGAGGAACCAGAAGAGGUUCUGUUGGAGGGAAACGGAGCAGACUGUAAAGGUCAGGGUGAAGGUCACCCCCUCACCCUCCCUCCACCCUCACAAGCCAAGAAGAGAACCUGUCAGUGCUGCGCUGUCAUGUGAGAGGAACCAGCAGCUCUGAUAAGAACCACUGUCGCCCUCUAGUGGACAAAGACGAGAACUUUUUUAUGUUUUGAACGUUUUACAUUUGACUUUUUUUCAACCAAAACAAUCCAACACCAAGAACAGGAGGAACCAGGAACGUUCUCCCACAGAACCUGCUCUCUGUUGAAUGUAAGCGCGGCUGCUGAGGGACUUCCUGUCAAUGUUUGUACGAACGCAUCAGAACUAUAUAUGAAAAUGUAUAAAUACACAAAUAUUUAGAAUAUAUUUCAGUUUAUAUACAUACAUAUAGUCAAUCAUUUUAUAACUUCUUAUAUAAAUUAUAUAAAUAUAAAAAUUCUUCUACACAUAUAUGUACACAUACAGUGUGUACUUAUGUCCAUACAUGUGUAAAUAUAUACAUAUACACGUACAUAUAUAAUCACAUAUACAUACUGUAUAUACACAUAUAUACAUAAAUAAUAUGUGGGAUUUCUUGUGUCUUGCAACCUGUGUGUCAAAUACGGGGCAGAGAUUUGACCUUUGACCUCUGCAGUAUGUCAAACAUCGCCCCCUGUGUUUUCUUUCUGCUUCGACUGUAUUUUGAUAAACAGCUGAUCAACUAAUGUUUGUGAAUUAAACAGGAAGUUGUCACGGUGA